UAUAUACUUCUCUAAAGUACGGUACGGUACGGCAUUAAGAUAAAAUGUCAGCCGUGGAAGCUGCUGCGAUUUCAUUUCCAAUAAAACAAGACUUUGUCCCAAGUCAAUACAAAGAUAACAAAGUAUGUGUUGUGUCAGUUAUAGGAAAGAGCCAGUACAAGACGUCCACUUCUAAAGCUUCCUCAUUCAACCCUAUUUUAGAUGCUGAUGUGUUUAAGGGUGUUAGAGGAUUCUUAAAAGACAGUGUCAACCAGGGUGACAUCGAGUGUUACUAUGAUGUUGACAGCAGUGUUGUAUACCUACACCUGACCAGUAUAUUGGAUUCUUACAGACUGACUUCAGUGUGCCAGAAACUCAAGGAUGCUUCUAUUAAGGAUUUCCAGACACUAUGGCAGCAAGAGGACUGUCACAAUGCUAAAUGUCUUCUUUUUCUCUUCCAAGUUUCUCAUAUAUUAGUUAUUUCACAUCCUAGUUCAUCAUUUGACAUCACAUAUGUGAGGCUGUUCAGGAUAUUGGAUUCUAUCAGAAUGAAGGUACAAAAAUGUGUAACAGAACAGUUGUUAGAUCUACCCAUCUCCAAAGAUUGGAAAUACAAUGGUCGUCCAUGUUCACCGAGAGUUUUGUUUGUGUUUGAGACAUCCACCAUUGAGUAUGAUCCAGAUGAAUUAGUUGAUAAUACAGGAUAUAAGAUAAGGCCACAGAGGAUCCACCCUAUCAAGAGACUACAACACUGUAUGGAGGACCAAAUCUACAAAAUUCUUAGAAAAUCUAGAGUUAUCACCAACAUCAGCAACAAUUCGCUAUUUGCUGUGCCAGCCAAUCAGGAGUUUGUAUUUAUCCAUGUAUACCAGAAUGAGGCUGCUGACCCAGUUUCUUUCUUCCUGCAGCAGAUCAGAGAUAACACGAUACAGCAUGACACAGAAUCGGACUCACCGCGUAAGAGUUACCAGUCUACAAGAAGAGGUCAAGCUGGUACAGAUAGGUCACGGUCAGUGGUGCUCUCUCGGAAUGGAGGAGAAUUUAGUUUUAAGGAGUUUUUAUGGCAGCAUAUUGAUAUGGCACUAACAAAAGGCUUUGAUGACAAUGUUGGACGGCAUCCAGUAACUGCAACAUUUGAGUUAGCAAGCAGUGAGACAUGGUUUACCUUGGCCAACAAGUUAUAUCUGAUGUUGUUCUCGGAGAAGCUAGAUCCUAAACUUCAACCACACUGUAAUACUCUCAAAUCCCUGCUAGAAACAGAUCUCAGAUUCUCAGAGAAUCGCUGUAACAAGGUGUUGCCAGUUGCUGAGAGUUCUUACCAAGAAAAUUUACCCACACACUAUGUGACCAACUACCAUCUCAGCAAGUUAGCACAAGCAAAAAAAGUGUUCAGUCAGUUUGCACGUGGUCCUGCCUGUGACAAAUACAUGAAACAGCUGGAGGAGUCAUGUGAACGAUUCUGGAAGAAUGGGAGACAACUGUGUGAGGAAAUCAGUUUGACAGGAAACCACUGUGUUAAUCCUUUACAUAAAACAGAAGAUGACCCAGAGACAGAUAGUAAUUCACACCUACCAUUGAUGUCACAUUCUAGUCAGCUUAAAAUGAAAGCAGCAUGUAAUUGUGGAAAGAAACAGGCAGACAAAGAAGAUCCAUUUAAUCACAAGGCUGCAAACUAUGAUUUCUACCAGAAACUUGAAGAAAUGUGUUGUGGGAAGUUGGACAGAUAUGAGUUCCCAGUGUUUAAAGCAAGUUCAUCUGAUAUACGAGCAGCAUCACUGAUACCUCCUGUCAAAUCAAAGAUUCAGCCAGCCAAACCUACUCACAAAGAAUCUGUGUCCAGUGCUGGGAAAGGUGAAGUGUCUGGGGUCACACAAGGGAUGGCAAGUCUUAGUCUGGCUUUAAGUUUAGAAAUGUCAUUCCCAUCUCCGUGUCAGUCAGGAGGCAGUGAUUUGUUUGCACAUGGAGGACAGAGUAACUGCAGUCCUCUGCCUGAACAAGAUGCAACACCUAAUCCAGAUCAGCCAGAAGCUCAGUCACCCACAACACCAGUAAGUCCAGCACCAUUGAGACAACACUCCACAACAGAAUAUCUUCCUGGAAUGAUCCAUACAGAAUCUCCUGUAGGUCUUCUACCCAAGUUUCCAUCCUGGUCGCUGAUCUGUCUUGGUAAAUCUACCCUCUACAGUCAUACACAAGGUUUAGACUUGCCAGGAUUUUUGAGUGGAAGUAACUUCUUAUUACCGUGGGAUAUAACUGUACAGGCUGAGAGAGAUAAAUGGCCAACUGUUGGAGAAACUUCCGGCAAGAAAGGAAAACAAAAGAAAGGAACUAGAGGGAAAGAACUAACAGAGGUUAAUCUACGAGUGUAUAUAGGAGAGGAAUAUGAAUGUCCCAGAGGUCAUAGGUUCUUCUGUAGUGGACCUGAGAAAAUAAUCAAGGUCUCUAGUACCAGUACAGUGAAGGACAAUGCAAACAAGCUUGUGAACUUAGAUAUGCCCCUGUACUGCCCUUGUCACUGCAGGUCAUCAAAAGGUUAUAUGGCUCAGAUGAUGAGGAUAUAUGUAGUCACACCAGAUGGACCCUUAAGGGUUAGUGUGAAUCCAUUAAUUCAGCCAUCACCCCACCCAUGUCCUAUAUUUCAUCCAGGGGUAGGAGAAGAGAUUGAUCUGAGCCCAGGCUCACUGUGGAUCUUACGACUGCCAUCUGUAUAUAUGGGAGACCAGGGACCAUACACCAUACCUGCAGAUGCCACACAGCUUCCAGCAUGUAGACUGUUAAAGGGAACAUUCAAUUUCAAAGAAAUUUCUGGAGAUUAAAGUCAAAAGUUAUUCAAACAGUUGUUAAACAGUACACAUGCUGCUCAGUACCUGCAUCUGCAGAUAGGAGAUAUUUUGGUCGUUGUCAGCUGCUUAGCAAGGAUGUCUCGAGUUUGUACACUAUUUGAGUCACAACCAUGUACUUUUUAGUUUGACAGCAUUACUGGAUUCGUAAAAUGCCAGCUUGAAAGUGAUUUAUGACAAACUUCUAGCUUGCCUGAAAAAAAGAAACAGUAUAAUAUAAAAGCAGUCAUUCCACUUGACAGCCAUAAAAACAGUUAAGUCAUAUAAAAAAAUGUAGUCAUGGUUGGAUUGUCAGUGCUGUUAUCAGUGAUGGCUAAUACAAAGAAAGUGUGAUACUGCUUUGUAUCUGCACUGUAAAGAAAAGUUUCAAAGAUUUAACAGUCAUUUGUUCUGUUGCUGUCUAUCUUUGAUUCUGUGAAGUUGUUGAAGAAAUGUGUUGUUUUUAGUGUUGAAAUAAUAAAUGCUUAAUAACUGUACAA